AUGAGUUAAUAAUCUUCUAAUCAAUAUGCAUACGAUCAAGAAUUAUAUGAGUAACAUAUAAAGUAAUUGGAUAAAAUUAAAAAUGAAAUAGAAGCUUAAGACCCAUUCAUUAUUACUUAACCAAUAGAAUUGUAAAUAUUAGAAUCAGAAUAUUUAGAAAAUUAAGGUUUUCUUCAAAAAAUUUAAGUAAGUGAUUAUGAAAAAUUUCUAGAAAAUCCGUGAAUCUUAUCCAUAUUUUAGAAGAGUGAGAAGAGAUGGUAGCUGCUUCUAUAGAGCAGUUCUGUUUAGAAUAUUCGAAUAAAUCAUUCAAUUUAAAGAUUAAUAACUAUUAAAUAAGUUUAGCACCAUCAUUGCAAAUUCAAAGACAGACUUAACAGCGGUUGGAUAUGAAUAAAUUGUUAUUGAUGAUUUUUAUGAUGUAAGUCUGCAAGUAUAUGUAGGAAAUUAUGAAAUAAAUAAAAUUAUGUCCAAACAACAUUACAGUUUAGGGAAUCGUAGAUGCAUUUUGCAAUAAAGUCACAUCUGAUUAUCUUAUUAUGUACAUGAGAAUGUUAACAUCUGGAUAUAUCAAAGCCAAUUCAUUUUUAUUUGAAGGAUAUAUAGAAACUGGAACAGUAGAAUUAUUUUGUUAAUAAGAAGUUGAUCCCAUCGAUAGAGAAGCAGAUUAAGUAAUAAACAAUAUUUAAUUAAGAUGCAAAUUAUAGCAUUGCAAAACUACUUGCAAAUUCCUAUUAGGAUUUUCUAUUUAGAUGGUAAUGUUGCCACUUUUGAUGCUACUAUAUUCUAAAUUCCAGAAGAUGCAAAUCCAAAUUCUAUAUUUAUCAACUUAUUAUACAGACCUGGACAUUAUGAUAUUCUUUAUCCAAAAUGAGGU